GAACUGUUGUGUAGUGUUUCUGGGAAGUGAGGGGUGGAUAGGCUGGGGCCGGGAAGGCUUGAGCAGAAGACCACGCCGGUGAUUUGGGAUGAAUUGACGAAAGAAUCUGCUCCACAAGAAGCGGAUCGAGAAGAAAGCUGUGUGGAACCAGGUUUAGAGUGGUAUAAUAGUUAUAUAGCCAUUGAGUAUUUGAUGGACCUGACUGGCUUGUAACUUCAAAAGAAACAAUGGAAAACCAAGAAUUUAUUGUACUAUAUACCCAUCAAAAGAUGAGGAAGUCAAAAGUGUGGCAGGAUGGAAUUCUGAAGAUCACCCCCUUAGGAAACAAAGCAAUUUUAUAUGAUGACAAAGGAGAGUGUUUGGAGAGCAUAUUUCUUAAGCACCUUGAGGUGAAACCUGGAGAUGAUUUAGAAGGUGAUCGCUACUUAAUUACAGUUGAGGAGGUUAAAGUUGCUGGAAGCAUAGCUUUUAAACAGGAUGUCAUUAAAGAAGCACCAGAAUUAAAUUCAAGGAAGUUUAUAUCCUCUGGCCGGUUCCUUGGAUGUCAGCCUGCUGGUUUAAAAAGGAAGUUUACUGGUUUUCAAGGGCCACGUCAAGUGCCAAAGAAAACAGUUAUUACAGAAAAUGGUGAAUCUGCUGCAUCACUGGAGGCUAAGAAACCUGGUCCUACUUUUCUUUCUCCAUUUUACAGCAUUCCCCCUUUGUUUUCUACUGUUGGCAAGAAAGAUAUAAAAAGUGUGCCAGUAGGCCCUGAGAACAUUGUAUCUUAUAAGAACAGAGAAAGAAAUGACCUAUCUUUUUCUUCAGUUGUCUCUACUCCAUCCUUCAAGAUUAACCCAGAAAAUUAUUUUUCCUCUCCUAUCACCUCUGUAAUUAAGCACUCAGACUCUUUACUGACUAAUGAGCCCAUGAAAAUAGAUAGUUUGACAUCUCACUGCUUAGGAAUUUCACAAAAUAUUAGGAGCAAAGCACAGAUACUAGCUCUUCUGAAGUCUAAGUCAACUAGUACCUGUGAGGAGCUAAAUUCUGAGAUUACAGAACAUUUUCCUCAAAUUCAGGCACAAGGAUGUUUAAAAAUUCCUACUAAACCGAAGUGCUUAAUUGAACAGGAAGAAUGUACUGAGGUGAAGAACACAGAAAGCUUACACUACCAGCAUCAGUCAGAAAAUAUAAGAAAGAGAAGCCGGUGGGCCAUGUAUUUAUCCUCACAGAGGUCACCUGUACCCUCUUCUAAUGCAGAUGAAAGUGAUAGAGCAAAGAAGCUUAAGGCCCAGGGAGGUAAUAUAAAUUUAAAUUUGAAAGACCUUUUGGUACAAAAGAGGAUGCUGUAUUUUGAAACAUGUGCUGAAGGAGAGGAAAAGUAUAAUGAAGACAAGCAAGUAGAGAAUAAUCAACCCCAAGAUGAAGAUAAAAAUUUUGAAAUUCCUUUAUUCUGUGGAAGCACCAGCUUACCAGUUACCUGUAGCAGUGCAGAAAAUGAUGGCUUAUUAUCAGAAUCUGACAGUCAAGAAAAUAACAAAAGACCUUUUAAUCACAAUGACCAGGAAUGCAUAAAAGAACCAAUUCUCAUUAGAGAAAAUUCUCAAGAGGUAAAUAUAUGUGGAACAUCAGAAAAAGAGUAUAAACAGCUGAUGUCUUCUCUGCCACAAUGGGAACAUCUACAAAUUGGAUCUCCCAUAAGUAACAAUUCUAGGAUCUCUGAUGACAUUAUAGACAUGUUUUCUAAAGGUAGUCUUGAUAAUAAAGCUAUUAAUAGUAGUCAAGAACCUAUGAGUAAUGUAACACAACAGUUUUUGGAGGUAACCUUUAAUCUGAACAAUUUUGAGACCAGUGAUACUGAAGAAGAAUCACAGGAAAGCAACAAAAUUUCCCAGAAUUCAGUGUGUUGGGUAAAGGAAAUUUUGGUUAAUGAUGGUGAUUCAUGUAUUCAAAAGAGUUGUGAUGAUAUGAGCUGUAAAGAAAUUGGCUGUGAACAUUUGCCUCUCUUACCAUCUACGGGUGGCAAAUCUACAGAGACAUUUCCUGUUAAAGAGACUCUGCCUUCACAGCUUUAUGCUAAAACUUGUGUGGAUUUUGGCAUGAGACUUUGUGAAGGUGAAAACACUGGAAUAGAAAUAGAGGAAGAGUGUAAUGACACGUUAAGCAAUUUUGACUCUUUGGAGUGCAUUGAUGAUAUGUAUAUAGAUGAUAAUGAAUAUGCUAAUAAAUCUAACCAAGAACUCAGAACUGACUACAAUUUUGCUUCACUCCCAAAUGAAUUUAAAGAUAUAAAAACAAAUUUACAUAUUCCUCAUUUGUUAAACAUAGCCUCUAAUCAGACUCCUGAAAACAAUAAUCUAUUUUCAGAAGAUUCUCAGUCUCCUCAGUCUUUUAUUUUGGGAAGUGACUUGGACAAAAAUGAAGAACAGAUUUUACCAUCAACCUCUAGCAGUGAUAGCAGUAUCCAGCCUUUAAAUACCAACCAGAAUCAUUCUGAAUAUAUUGCACUUGAUAAAUCUUACUCUCUCGAAAAAAGGCAUUUUAGUUCCCAAGAAACAGAAGCACAUAUUUCUGAAUCUGAAGAUUUGGGAAGGAUUGGAAGUUUACCCCAUGAUCAUAAUGGGAAAGAAACUGUUGGAGAAUGUAAACAAUGUCGGAAUGAUCCAACAAAUUCUUCAGGACUUUCUGGAUUAGUAAAUAACAUUUCUCUUUUAAGGUCACUGUCUGAACACAGUACAGCUUUAGAAAGCUUGGAAAUAUUGAAAAAGAAGAAUACCAUUUUUAAACAGCAAGGAACUCAGCAGACAUAUGGACCAGAUAGCAGUCCUGAAGCUGGAAAACCAUUUACUAUAAUAGCUUCACAAGCCAUUUCAAAGUCUCCACAUCAGAACCAGGAUUCUCCUCAAAAGUUCUUUUCCUUGGGGAGUGAAGAAGAGAAUACUUUUCUAGCUGUUACUCCUGAGCAAAUAGAGAGAAAAACCUGCAUCCCUAAGCCUGUUGAGUUUCAAGGGCACCAAGUGAAAGGAUCAGCUACUAGUGGUGUGAUGAUCAGAGGACACAGCUCACAGCCAGGGUACAGUCAGUUUCCAGAAAGCAAUAAGUGUGAAAACUCCACAACAGACAUUUGUUUAUUGACAUCUAAAUUGCCUGGCAUUUGUAGGCAGAUUGACUUCUUACAGGUCCCAGAUAAAGAAAACUUUGCAAAAGAUACUGGCUUUAAUAUUGAAGACAAUUUUCAAGUGAUAGCUGAGUCUGAUAAGGAAUCAAUUGACAAUUAUUGUUUCCCUUCUAGAGAUCUAGAACAUUCAUAUUUUGAUUAUAAUUUUGAAUCAACAGAGAAGACUUCAUUGGAAGCAAAUAAGGUGACAUCAGCAGAACACAAGAUAUCUGCCUUGAGCCCUGUUUCUACCUUUUCUUUGAAAACAAGAGAUGAAGACUUCAUGCUAGAAUUCUCUGAGGAGUCCCUGAAAGCAAGAACUUUACCUGGAAUGAAGAAAUCCAGUCCCCUGAAGAAUAAGAAUCUUCAGAGACUUUCAUUAGUAAGUAGAACCCGAGUUCCGCUUAUUACUUUGCCACCUGCUGAUGGCCUACCUGACUUAGAUUCUUGUUCAUAUCUGAUCGACUGUGACAUGCAAGAACCUUCUUGUUCCCCCAUAUUCAACUUGUGUGAAGAGUCGGCGGUUCUUUCUUUUAGCUUUCGGCCUGAGGACCAAAGUGAAACUUCUUUCUCUGAAGAAUGUACGGAAAGGACCCCAGGGGGUCUUUUAUUUCUUGAUGAUAUAUCUAGCCAAAGUAAAUGGCUGAAAUAUAAGAACACACCCCAGGGCAACUUGACUACUCCAAACAGAGAUGACAAGAAAAUAACAGAUGCCUUCUUUGCUGAGAUGCAUUUUAGUAACACAGGUGAAAGACAAAAUGAUGCUAUGAAUAAAAGCUCUUUAGACCCUGUGCAUUUGCAAAUGAUAAAAGGCAUGCUUUAUCAACAGCAGCAGAAUUUUAGCAGUCAAGACUUGGUUUCUGGAAAGAAAGAACUUUCUCUGAUUUUAAAGCAGACUUCCAAUACUAAGGAAGUUCAAAAUAUGGUAGGAGAGACUGCUUGCUGCAACUACAGUAUAACAGGAGAUUUACAGAAGAUAAAUACCUUAGAGCUAUCCUUCCCAAGUGGGCAAGAAACAAAAUCUGCUUAUCUUCCCCAAAGGCAAAUUCGCAUACCAGCUGUUUUUCGGUCUACUGCUCAUUAUAAGCAGAUUUUUACUGCUUGUCUCAUAGAACAUCUAAAUAUAUUGCUGUUUGGAUUGUCACAAAGGUUGCAGAAAGCACUUUCAAAAGUUGACAUAUCAUUUUACACAUCAUCGAAAGGAGAGAAACUAAAAAAUGUAGAAAAUAAUGUGCCAUCCUGCCAUCAUCAUCAGCCUGCAAAACUUGUUAUGGUUAAAAAAGAAGGUCCAAAUAAGGGUCGUCUCUUUUAUACAUGUGAUGGAACCAAAGCUGAUCAAUGUAAGUUUUUCAAGUGGCUUGAAGAGGUGACUCCAGGAUGUUUAACACAGGAAGAAUCUCAUCCCAGCAUGGUUUUAAGUGAUAUUAAGAGUAUUGGCUUGUACUUAAGAAGUCAAAAGAUACCACUCUAUGAAGAAUGCCAGCUUUUGGUAAGAAAAGGAUUUGAUUUUCAGCGAAAACAGUUUGGGAAACUAAAGAAGUUCACUACUGUAAAUCCUGAGUUUUAUAAUGAACCUAAAAGUAAACUUUAUCUUAAGCUAAGUAGAAAGGAAAGUUCUUCGAUUUAUAGCAAAGAUGAUCUUUGGGUUAUUUCAAAAACCCUAGACUUUGAACUGGAUACCUUUAUUGCAUGUAGUACUUUCUAUGGACCAUCAUCUUUCAAUGAAGUGGAGCUACUGCCUUUAAAAGGCUAUUUCCCUUCCAAUUGGCCUAGUAACAUAGUAGUUCAUGCAUUAUUAGUUUGUAAUGCUAGUGCAGAGCUGACCACUUUGAAAAACAUUCAGAACUACUUCAAUCCAGCUACUCUACCUCUAACACAGCACCUCUUAACAAUGUCUUCCCCAACUACAGUUAGCAACAAAAGAAUCAAUAAAAGAAAAUUUAUCCCACCAGCCUUUGCAAAUACCAGCACAAAAUUUGAACUACUCAGCCCAGGAGCAGCAUUGCAAUUAGCUAAUGAGUUAAUUCAGGCACACAGGUUAAACAAGGAUCAAGCUACAGCUCUAAUUCAAAUAGCUAAAAUGAUGGCAUCACAUGGAAGUACUGAAGAAGUGAAGGAACUGCAAACUCAUUCCCUCCCUAUCACAAUCAUACAUGGUGUUUUUGGAGCAGGAAAGAGUUAUUUGCUGGCAGUGGUGAUUUUGUUCUUUGUACAGCUAUUUGAAAAGAGUGAAGCUCCUACAGUUGGAAAUUCAAGGCCAUGGAAACUUCUGAUUUCUUCUUCCACUAAUGUAGCCGUUGACAGGGUACUUCUUAUGCUUAUCAGUCUCGGAUUUGAAAAGUUUGUCAGAGUUGGGAGUGUUAGGAAAAUUGCCAAGCCAAUUUUACCUUAUAGCUUGCAUGCUGGCUCAGAAAAUGAAAAUGAGCAAUUAAAAGAACUACAUGCCCUAAUGAAAGAAGAUCUCACCCCUAUGGAAAGAGUCUACGUGAGGAAAAGUAUUGAGCAGCAUAAAUUGGGUACCAAUAGAACAUUGCUGAAGCAGGUUCGAGUAGUUGGAGUUACCUGUGCAGCCUGUCCAUUUCCAUGCAUGAAUGAUCUUAAAUUUCCUGUUGUUGUGCUGGAUGAGUGUAGUCAAAUAACUGAGCCAGCUUCUCUCCUUCCCAUUGCAAGGUUUGAAUGUGAAAAGCUGAUUCUUGUUGGAGAUCCCAAACAACUUCCGCCUACUAUUCAGGGUUCUGAUCCUGCUCAUGAAAAUGGAUUGGAACAAACUCUCUUUGAUCGACUUUGCCUAAUGGGUCACAAGCCAGUUCUACUGAGAAUCCAAUACCGUUGUCACCCUGCAAUCAGUGCUAUCGCUAAUGAUCUGUUUUAUGAAGGAAACCUCAUGAAUGGUGUUUCAGAAACAGAGAGGAGCCCUUUAUUGAAAUGGCUACCAACCCUGUGUUUCUAUAAUGUUAAAGGUCUGGAACAGAUUGAAAGAGACAAUAGCUUUCAUAACGUGGCAGAAGCUGCUUUUACACUCAAGCUGAUUCAAUCACUGAUUGCAAGUGGAAUAGUGGGCUCUAUGAUUGGGGUGAUAACAUUAUACAAAUCCCAGAUGUACAAGCUUUGUCAUCUUCUCAAUGCCUUGGACUUUGACCAUCCCAACAUUAAAGCUGUCCAGGUGUCAACGGUAGAUGCUUUUCAGGGAGCUGAAAAGGAGAUCAUUAUUCUGUCCUGCGUAAGGACAAGACAAGUAGGAUUCAUUGAUUCAGAGAAAAGAAUGAAUGUUGCAUUGACAAGAGGAAGGAGGCAUUUGUUGAUUGUGGGAAAUUUAGCCUGUUUGAAGAAAAAUCGACUGUGGGGGUGUGUGAUCCAACACUGUGAAGGACGGGAAAAUGGAUUGCAACAUGCCAGCCAGUGUGAACCACAGCUGGACCAUCUCCUUAAAGAAUAUUUUGAAAAACAAGCAGAAGAAAAACAGAAGAAAAAGAGGGAAAAAGAGAAGUCUAAAAAUAAGUCUUUUUCUCAAGAACAUAUGGAAUAGAUAUUUUGUAAUUAUGUGAAUUCAAAUUCAUUUUUCAAUAUAUGUAUUUUAUAUUUUUAUUACCCCGAAACCCUUGUUAGGGAAAAAAAAUACUGUAUUUCUAUGAUACUUAAAUAUUACA